AUGUCUCAGCAGCCGCCGAUUUACGACUUCGAGUAUCCCGUGUCUUACAACGGUCUUCCCGUGACUUCCCACCCCUCUGGGAGCGUCAUUGUCUCACCCGUUGGGCCAGUGACCCGGCCGCCUGCGCUGUACCGGGAGUGGAGCCAUCCGGCUCCCAUUCCACCAGAGGCUCUCCGACGUGACUACAAUUUCUCUGCCCCUCCAGAGAGUCAAGAGUACGUCGUGGAGCGAAACAGCCGACGGGCGGCCGAGAAACUGAAAAACAACACGCGGUAUCACUCGCAACGACGGCCCUCCAACCGGGAUGAAUUUGACGGCCCCUGCCAGUUACUGGACAUGCCCUCCGAGCGCGUCAUCCUGGCGCAAGGAAGGGAACUGCCCCAUCUGCCUACUAAUCUUGAUGUCUCAGAGCAAGAUCGUAUCCUGAAUUCAGUGAACGAUCGACUGUCACAAUGUGCCUUCGACUUUGUUGCCAAGUACCAGUUCCCAAUUCCCGUGGAACCGGACAAGAGAAAGGUGAGGGUGCCGUCGGACCGUGAGUGGACCGAAUGGGUGUAUCUUCUCAAGAGACUGGCCACCAAGCGUCGCAUUCCCGCCCGGGUCCUGUAUAACCAGCAGAUCAAGCAGCUGGUCACCGUCCUGGAAAACUCCCUAGAGAUGAGGCAUGCUGCCAAGCAUCAGUCCCGGCCGAUCAAGGAUGAUCGAAAUGUGCUCCAGCUUAUCUCUGCCGGCAUCCAGGUUGCCAAAAUCCUCAAAGAUGCCACUGCCAUGGAAUUCUUGGACCAGCUCUAUAUUGACACCGAGAAGCGGAUCCAGGAGAGACGCAGCCGGCGUGUGAAAUUUGCGAGCCCUUGA